AUGACUGAAGAUGGAAGAAGGGCGAUAACUCUGGUGGACUAUUUCCGAAUUUCCACAACAGAUGUGUACGGUCUCAUCAAUUUGACCAAAUAUGGAUAUGUUUAUCAGCCGGUGCCGGACUGCCUCGCACAAUUUACGUUCCAAGUGAAAGCUUGUCAUAAUGUGCAUGUGGGACUCUUCAGGCCUGGUGAACAAUCUUAUACUUACAAAGUUGUUCUAGGUAGUUUUCUGAAUACCAAGUCGAAACUGAGGAUCAGAAAGUCAUAUCACGAAAUUGUUCAUGAAGAGAACAAUACCGUGGAUUGUAAUGUCUACAAGAAAUUCUGGAUAUCAUGGCGGAACAAUGUUAUAUCGGCAGGGCAUGGCAACUCAUCCAAUAAUGCCAUGUUGUUUUCAUCUACUGAUGAACAACCAAACCAAAUACGAUAUGUUGGAAUUUCGACAGGAUAUGGUGCCUCCGGUCAAUGGAAAAUACCAAAUGAACGUCCACCAUUGCAAUGCUAUCAACAUGUUCAAUGGUCUGUAUCACCAGGACAUCAGAACACGAAUAUGACGUCCAACAUCACGUGGUCUGUGACAACUGAUAACCUCGGACAGUGCGCUGUGGCCUGUAAACGGAGUGAUUCGUGCGUGUCCUUUGUUUAUAACAACGAGAAAAAUGUGUGUCAAGGUCAUGGGCUCAAGUACCAUAAUAUCACCGAAGGUCAAGGUCACACAGAGAGAGGAAGUCACUACUUCACCAAGCCAUGAAUUUGUAUGGUUUGAGAAAGACGCCCUUAAACAGUGUAUUGUGCUUUAAAUAAACACUGACUGAGCUUCUCAAUAAAGUAUAUCCUCAGACUGAUGUUUUAGCAUGGUUCAAGGGAAAUCAAGGCUUAGCUAAAUCAACGUUUUAUUUUACACAUGUUACAAAACGUAAAAAACGAUGUUUCAAAAGCCGAGAGAAAGCGAACAAACCUUUGACUAUGAUGUAACUGUUUAUUUAGGUGAUUAUUUUAAGAGGAUUUGAAUCACAGUCCUAGACGUCUGCAGUCGGUUGUAUACAGUCGAUUCCAUACUCGUUAAAGUGACCAAAACUGUAGAAACCAUAGAAAUAGUGAAAUUGGUUUACCUCCGUUUGUGGUGAUAACAUAUCCAUUAUCGAAGGACCUACCGAAUUGUAAUGCUGUUGUUCCAAUACACGGUGGAGGACACUUGUACUAUUUCAU